AUGGCGCAUGAGCCUCGCGUCGCUGCUCUUUUUCACGGCGCUGCUGUCCGAUCACCUCUGGCUCUGCGCGCGCAAACUCACCUGUGUCAGGCAGUGUAUAAAGCCUGGCUCUGUACAGAAUAUUUUCCGGUUCCUCAGCGGCAGUGUGUGAGGUGGCUUCCAUGCAAGCACUAUUGUGGUGUGGUCACAGCCAGCUGCCCCUUCAUCCUACCUGACAAUGACCAUCUGCUGUAUGCCGGUCUGCCAAGCUUUCUCUGUGCAGGGUUUCACGAGGAGUAUUUGACCAGUCAGGGUCCAGACUGCUGUGAUGUCAGAUGGAGUGGGUGUGACUCCACUGUAGGCGCCGCAUGUGCUCUGACACGCCUCCCUGGCUCCUUCUCUUUGCAUAGGAGGUUAUCAUCAGGAGCGGUGUCAUGUACAAAUCGUCUUCAUGGCAGUAAAUUGAAACUGUGUGUGCUUGUUCUCUUCUUACUACACACCGUUAUCUCCAUAACAACAUUGCAGCAUUGCAGCACUGGCUCUUUGGAGGCAAUAGUACCUCUAGAAGACGUUCCCAUGAGGAAGGAGUAAGAGACUGGAACAUCUCCCUCUUUAUUGGAAGACACACAUGCUGUGAAAGUGUUUUUGUCUGCUGUGCAUGAGACGAACCUUACCAAAUGCCUGGAAAACAGAAAGUCUCACCACCACUGAAGCGCCUGUGCCUGUCUUUUUGAGGGUUGGAACAUCUGGCUUGAUAUGAGCAUGCAUGUUUGUGUGAAGUGAGUGAGUGAAUUAAUGUUUUUAACUGUUUUUCAGUGAUUUUCGUUUGUUUUAUGAGGACUAAUUGCACAUGUUAAAACACGGCUCAUGAAUGAAAAUCUUGUUUUGUUUUAGACAACAUUCUUGGAAACAAAACCGAAUGUAUGAAGUAUGAAUGGGUGACAUUGUUACAUAUCUCCUCUAAUAAAACCAACACUA